AUAGAUGUUUCUGUGAAUUUUGGUAAAAUAAAGUUGUUUAAAAAUCAGUGUAAAUAAGUUUUAGUGAUUGUAGUUGGACACACUACAAAAUGUAUUCGUUUUAUUUAGUUCUAUCUUUAUGUGUUUUACAAGUGCAUCCAAUGGCACUCAGGGGACCUGUUUUAGCAAGAUACCAGCCGUGUGGACUCGGUGUGAUCUAUUUCGAUAAAAUAACGGAAAUUCUGUGGCGCGCUGAAAUAAAUCUCGAGUUAUAUCAAAAUCUUCAGGCAGUUGAGAUUGAAAUUGUUUUUGAAAAUGAAAUGACGCUAUACGGGCUGAUCGUUUAUCAGUACCGUUUUGUUUUAUUUCAGGUAUCUCACGACAGCACAAUUUUAAUCAACAAUCAAUCACACAACUUCACCUUCAUACCAAAAGGUGGCAUUCCAGACAUUUAUCACAUCUAUACAUCGUUAACACAACGUGGAAAUAUAACAACGUCCGUGCCAACUGUGGAAUCUUUUCGUUUGAAUAGAAUGGUGUUAUGUAACGCUUUUCUCAAGGCUGCCGAUACGCUAAGCUCUCUAGAUGCAUCCAGACCAGGUGAUGCCGUAAACAGUCAUGUAUGUGGGAGACGAUCACUAGAUCACGCGGAAGUGAGCUACGUAAGAACAGAGUUCGCCCAACCCGGAGAUUGGCCGUGGCAUGUGGCUAUACUGAUUAAAAAACCCUUCACUGAUCUAGCGAACUACCAAUGCGGAGGAAACGUAAUAUCUACCACUGCGGUUCUAACCGCUGGCCAUUGUGUCUUUUUGGAAAACGUUUUAGUAGAUACAAACAGAAUAAUAAUUGAAGCUGGCCUCACAAAUCUUAACGAUUUUAAUCAGGAGGGCAGACAGACAUUACUAGCGGAAAGAGUAAUUCUGCAUCCCGAUUACAGCGCGGACCAAUCUACUUCAGACCUCGCUAUUGUGAUAGUAAAUAAACUACGGUAUACUGAAUACGUCCAACCCAUUUGUAUAUGGGGCCCGGUGUACGACAAAACUGCUCUUUUUGGCAAACAGGCUGUGAUUACUGGAUUUGGGACUACGGAGCAAGGCAUGCUAUCCGAUACUCUCAGAGUAACUAACAUAAUGGUCCAAAAUGACACUGUAUGCAAUGACUUUGCCCCAGAUUUGUAUCCAUUACUACUGAAUGAAUUUACAUUCUGCGCUGGUUUCGGUCCAAAUGCUGGUAUAAAUCCUCGAAACGGAGACAGUGGUGGUGGUCUUAUAGUCCCCAUAAAGCAAUCGGAUCACAAAGUCAGCUGGUUCCUUCGGGGAAUCCUGUCCAAAUGCGGCCUACCGACUGGCCAGGCUAUUUGUGACCCCGCGUACUACGUCGUGUACACAGACGUCGGACCACAUUAUGGUUGGAUAUACCAUAACGGUGGCCUACUAUUUUCUAGCAACGUUGUUUCAUGAAUAUUUUAACUGACGUAGGACCUCAUUAUGGUUGGAUAUACCAUAACGGUGGCCUACUAUUUUCUAGCAACGUUGUUUCAUUAAUCUUUUAACUGACGUCAGACCCCAUUAUGGUUGGAUAUACCAUAACGGUGAUCUACUAUUUUCUAGCAACGUUGUUUCAUGAAUCUUUUAACUGACGUUGGACCCAAUUAUGGUUGGAUAUACCAUAACGGUGGCCUACUAUUUUCUAGCAACGUUGUUUCAUGAGUCUUUUAACUGACGUCGAACCACAUUAUGGUUGGAUAUGCCAUAACGGCGGCCUACUAUUUUCUAGCAACGUUGUUUCAUGAGUCUAUUAACUGACGUCGAACCACAUUAUAGUUGGAUAUACCAUAACGGUGGCCUACUAUUUUCUAGCAACGUUGUUUCAUUAAUCUUUUAACUGACGUCAGACCCCAUUAUGGUUGGAUAUACCAUAACGGUGAUCUACUAUUUUCUAGCAACGUUGUUUCAUGAAUCUUUUAACUGACGUUGGACCCAAUUAUGGUUGGAUAUACCAUAACGGUGGCCUACUAUUUUCUAGCAACGUUGUUUCAUGAGUCUUUUAACUGACGUCGAACCACAUUAUGGUUGGAUAUACCAUAACGGUCGCCUACUAUUUUCUAGCAACGUUGUUUCAUGAAUCUUUUAACUGACGUCGGACCCCAUUAUGGUUGAAUAUACUAUAACGGUGGCCUAGUAUUUUCUAGCAAUGUUGUUUCAUGAAUCUUUUAACUUUAUCGGCCUUAUAAAACCUGUUCUUUAAAUUAAAGAAAACUUUAAUCAGUAGUAAUUAGGUGCACUUUAAUUUGAAUGAAAGUUAAGGUUUACAUCUUAUGUUUAUAAAUAUGGACGUAUAACUUGUAAAGUUAAAAAUAUUUUUUCUCAAAUUUGAAAUUAACUUUGUAAAUAGUUUUCGAUAAUAGAAGUAUAUACCAAAAUUAUUUUAAGCUAAGUUAAGUGAAAAUAAAU